AUGCGCCCGUCGACACUGAAGAAGCUCUCCGCCAUCUGCAUCGUGUCGGCCGCAGUCCCCGUAGCCUCCGCCCUCGCCGUCGCCAGAGAUGCAACAGGCCUGCUCCGCCGGGCGGAUGCGGCCGUCUGCGGCGGCGAUUCCUCACUUUCGCAGUGCGGCAGCAACUUCCCCAGCGCCUUCUGCUGCCCCUCGAGCACCACCUGCACCGCCCUCAACGACGACAACGGCUCCGGCGGCGAGGCCACUUCUGUGAUAUGCUGUCCCGAGGGCCAGGACUGCAAGUUCAUCCGGCCCAUCACGUGCGACAUCAACCAACAGAACGCCACUCUGCACCCUUCGAACGCCAUCCACACGACGAACCUCACGGCAACCCUGGAAACGUGUGGAUCGGAAUGCUGCCCGCUGGGAUACAAGUGUCAAAGCGGCCUCUGCGCCAUGAUCUCCGCCAGUGACACCAGUGGAUCGUCGACCACUUCGGCCGCCCCCUCGACCACUUCCAUUUCAACUCCGACCGGUGGAUCCGUCACCUCUGGCUUGGGCCCCUCGGAAACCUCCACGACGGCCACCCCGUUGAGCGAAAAGCAUGGAGGCGGCACUAACAAGGGUGCCAUCGCCGGUGGAGUCAUCGGUGGCAUCGCCAUCGGCGUCCUCCUCGCUGCCCUGGGCAUAUGGUGUUGGAAGAGGCGCCAGACUCAAGAAACGAAGUCUCGUUACAGCGGUGACUUCGGCCCUGUCUCCCGCACCGUCAGCGACCCAAUCUACAACCCCGCGCUCGGUGCACGCACCGAGUUCCUGCGUCGUGAUGCCGCUAGCCCACCAGGCAACGCGAGCAUCGACCACACCCUUCUCGGAUCACCCUUCUCUCCGAUGAAGGAGAUCAACAAGGUAGACGGCCUCGGGCGAAACGGCACAAUGACUACCACGACCACGUCGCACUCGUCGGGAAGUGCGACGCCCCUCAACCCAUAUGGAUACGCUCGUCCGAACGUCCCCAAGCGCAGCCCAAGCAAGCCGUACGGCAGUCUUACGUCCGGCCCUGGCGGCGGUAUGGCCGCGGCUUCGCCAAAGUCUCCUCGCAUCCGCGGCCUGUUCUCGCGGCCGUCAAAGUCCAACCUGAGCGAGCAUCCGAUGCCACCACCGCCACCAAUGGCAUCGGGCGCGGUCAGCCCCAGUGUAUACACGCCGACGCCCGCGCCCCGUGGGCCCCAGAGACAUCGAAGCAGCUCCACAGCUCGUCAACCAAUGGGUCCGACACGCAAUUUCAGCCUCGGUCCACGUCGCUCGCAAAGCUUGUCGGGCCAUGUUGAGCUGAGCCGCGAGCGUCCACGGACAGGCUCUACGGAGACGAUUGAUGUGCUUAUGACUGGCUCGAAUCAGCCGAGCGGCAUGGGUUUCCUGGCGCCGCCGCCGGGCAUCCGCGUGCCUGGCGAGCGUCCGCUGACGAGCGAUACCACGUUCACGCGGCUGAUGGAGAAUGCUGGCUAUGGCCGAGAGACUCGCGACCACGUCAACGGGUGGGGUAACAUGGGAGUGGCCGGCCACGCCGCGGAUUCCCCAAGGAAUAGGAUAUAG